AUGCGUUUGACGGCGAUCGUGGCGGGUAAUUUGAACGCACGUCACUGGAAUCGCCGAGUGUGGCAGAUUGGAUACCGUGGUCCACUAUUGGCACAACAAAAAGCGUGUUUUUUUUUCACAAAAAAAGGGGGGAGGGGGGGUUCACAAACGUGCUUUAUUUGUCUUUUAAUCUUUAUUUACAAGAUAGAAUUUGAGAAAUAACAUAACAGAGCAGAGGUGGAGGAUGGCUGCCCACUGGCCGCCCUGCCUGCCAAGCCAUAAACGCCCAAAAGCAGAAAUGACUUUUUCAAUAGUAAGUCAAUGACUCAUUUCUAUCGCUUGGCCCAAUGGCUUGGCUUGGCCGCCAAGCCAAGGGCUGCCUUCCUAAUCCUCCACCUCUGUAACAGAGUGAAAAUAACUAUUAUUUUUGCCAUUUUCUCUGCAGAUGGUUUUUUCAAAUCAUAUAACUUCUUGAUAACAUUAUCAAAUAAUUUCGAACUUUUUAAGCAAGUCAAUCAUCGGUCUCGCUCGAAAAAAAUGAUAAAUUUAUGAAAUAAAUUGUUAAAAAAAUGUGAUUUAGUUAUAAAAUAAUAAGAGAGCAGCACCUAACUGUUCUGAAAUUUAUUCUCAUUGGUUGGACUAUCAUUUUCGGAUUUUGCAUGCGAAAAAGUGGCCUCGAUCUGAUAAAAAUGGAGUAUAUUUUUCCGGUCUUGAAGAUCAAAAAUUAGUUUGAACAGUUUCAAGCGAUCGAAAGAAUUCUCAAAAAAAAGUAGACUGAAAGCCAAUACAAAAUUGUGUACACAUGGGGAAUGUUUUGGUCGACGAGCGUGUUCGGCGAGAAGAUUGAAUGACUUCCAGGACGGGCCGACCGGACUUUCCAGUGUCUGCCGGCGACGUGAACACUCUGCGCGAGAGAUUCGCGCGGGAGAUGUCUGUGAUGAAGCUGCUCACGCGUCCCUACGUCACCAAGGUUUUUCCGGCGCAAAAAAGCUACCGGUGUUGAAGCGAAAAAUGUUCUUCCACUGAGACACUUCCUAAUGUUGCUCUAAAAAAGUUGAAAAAAAAAAUAAAUGUGAUAGCAACAGUUGACAAAAUUUCAGGACCAUUUUUUAAAGUAGCUUGAUCUGAUUUGUAAGUCGGCGCGUCGAAAAAAUUCUUAAAAAUAUCCCAAUUUCAGAAGGUGGAGGAGGACUUUCUUCUAUCGAAGGGAGUCGACAGUCUGCAAGGAAUUCGCGACAACACUUUUGCCGACCUCGAGGCGCGUAGAAUGCCAGGAAAGGUGAGCAGUGACGAUUAGAGCUCACCAAACCGAUCAUUCAACCAUUUCAAUUGAUCAAACUAUUGACAUGUCACUGUUCAACCAAAUUUUAACAUGUCAUUUUUUGAGAGAUCGUUUAUUAGGUCAGUUUUUGAUCUCUCACAGUAAUGAUCAAUCAUUGAAUUUUAACGUUUUGAUAUAUCGAUAUUUCGACCAAUAUUUUCAAUACAACAUUUCGAUCGAUCAUUUUUCGACCAAUAUUUUGAGCAUAACAUUUUGAUCGAUCAUUAUUUCGACCAAAUUUCCAAUAAAACAUUUCGAUCAAUCAUUUUUUUUUGACCAAUAUUUUGAGCAUAAAAUUUUGAUCGAUCGAAAUUCCGAGCGAUCGAUUUUCAAAACAGAUCGCUCACACGUGGCAGGUUUUCGGUACUAGUUAAAAGGUGAAAAUAUUUAACUUUUUUCCGACAAAUUAAAGUUUUGCAUUUUUCUUGAACUUAUUUGUUAUAGUCUAUAUAGAAUUGUAGAAAUUUUUGCUUUUAGUACCAGUGAACACAGAGAAACAGAAAAACGAUGAUGAUAUUUCAUUACGAAAAAUCAAAAAAGAAAUUAUGAUGAACAUUUGAAAGCGAAGCGGUUUUUAAACAGUAGUUUUAAACAUACUUUUUAACAAAAAUUCAUUUCGAUCAAUCAUUUUUUUGACAAAAUUUUCAAUACAAAAUUUUGAUCGAUCAUUUUUUUUCGACCAAAAUUUUUAACACAACAUUUUGACCAAUCAUUAUUUCGACCAAUAUUUUUCAAUACAACAUUUCGAUCAAUCGAAAAACUGAACGAUCGAUUCAAAAUGAUCUCUCAUUUAAAUGAAAUGUUGACAUGUCGAAAAAACGAGAGAUCAUAAUCAUGAGACAUGUUAAUCGUUCGGUAGCAAGAAAUGUUAAUCAAUCAUGUUUUUGGUAACAUGUCAUGAAAAUAUUGGUUGAACGUUUGGUCGAACGAUCGGUUUGGUGAACUCUAGUGACGAUUAUCUGAGUGAUGUCAUAUUUGCACAAGAAAGAGGAAAAACUAAAGGAAACUAGUAAUUUAUAGAAUUAAGAAACUGGCCAACGAGCUUUGCUAGAAUUCAUUCUAAGAGGCCGAUUCAUUUAAUUUGAUUAUAAUAGGAAUUUUUUUUUGUUUGUUUUGAAUUAAGUAGUAAAAUAGCCGAAUUCAACCGUGAAAUAAGUAAUUUUGAAAGAGCAAAAUAGAGCAAAAAAUUCAGCCGAAAAGAACGGACGGAAGCAAGGCGGCGGUCCGACGAAGAGGAAACGUCGGCAAUCUGCUUCAUGAACACGUCACUGUCGAAGACUCACUUGCUGCUCUCGCGAAUAGGAAAAGAUGGGACUAA